CAAAUCUCAAGACCCCACAACAUGUCGAAGCGCUUCCCAACGCCGAAAUGGGCUGGAGUGCCGACACGCUUGAACUCGAAGACGUAUCUGGAAGUGUGGAAGGAUGGAGUGGUUGCCGAGAAAUUACCCAUCGGGCAACAAGCAUGCUACGUCCUCGGUCGGAACGCCGACGUAUGCGACUUUGAAUUGGCCCAUCCCAGUAUCUCUCGACAGCAUGCUGCAAUUGUGCAUACCAAAGCAGGUACAUUGGAGGUGAUGGACUUGGAGUCGGCGCAAGGCACGACCGUCGACGGCGUGGAACUCUCAGAGCCCAACGAAUUCCGCAAGGCGGUGGACAACGGGUCCGAGAUCGUGUUUGGCGCCAGUUCGCGCAGGUACAUUCUUCGUGGGUACAACCAAGCGCCAGCGAUUUCUUCUGGGGCGUCAUCGUCGUCGCUCGCGGACAUGGCGCAAUUGCCCACAGGGUUUGCCACGACCAACAACGUGAAACAAUCGCAGAAAGCCGCCGAUCGGGCAGCGCGAGACGAGGAGAUCCGCCGCAUGACGAUGGAAAUGAUGACUCAAGCGCCCAAGGUGUCGCAUGUCCCCGCUGUUUCCGCGGACGAAGUCGGCAAUACCACUCACGAAGUGAACAACCAGAAACCGCGGUCGUCCGUCCCUCGUGGCCCGCAGAACAAUCCCAACAAGCAACAACAACCUACCGAGACAGUCGAUUCCGACGGCCCAGAGUCUGAUAGUGAUGACGACGACAAUGCCGCCACCAGUGCAGACUCCUACGCGCGGGACCUCGCGCUGCGAUACAACUUGCCGCUGAAAAACCAAGUCGUGUUGACGUCGCAUACCAAGUCCAUCACGAGCAUCGCGGUGGACGCCCCUGGCGCGCGCGUGGCCACGGGGUCGAUGGACUACCACAUGAAGCUGUGGGACUUCGCCGGCAUGGCGCGCCAAGUGCGGCCAUUUCGAGACACUGAAGUCGAAGAAGGUCAUGCGAUCGUCGCGUUGAGCUACAGCCCUACUGGCGAUCGGGUGCUGUCUGUGACAGGGUCAUCGCAGCCGACGGUGCUAUCUCGGGAAGGCGUCAAGGAGACGCAGUUUGUAAAGGGCGACAUGUACGUGAUGGACAUGGUGCACACCAAGGGGCACACGCACACGUGCACGGGGGGCUCGUGGCACCCGACGCUCAAGCAGUCGAUGGCGACGUGUGCGCUGGACGGCACCGUCCGGCUGUGGAAGCUGGACGGAAAGACUGCCUUCAACAAGCUCCUGAACGACCAAGUGAUCAAGUUCAAGAGCAAGCAGGGCAAGCGCAUCGAAGUGACCGCGUGUGCGUACAACACUGACGGCAGCCUCGUGUUUGGCGCGACGACCGAGGGCUCCGUGUUCGGCUACGACCUGCGUCGAGCCACGACGACGACGGCAGCGGUCAAGAUGCCCGGGGCGCACGCCGCCGGAAGCCCCGAUUUGAGUGUGUCUAGCAUCCGCUUUGCCAACGACAAGGUGUUUGGCACACGGUCGUGCAGCGACGACUGCGUCAAGCUGUGGGAUAUUCGCAAACUGGCAUCGCCCUUGAAAACGCUGAGAGACGUCCCCAGUCACUUUGCAGUCGCCAACAUGGCGUUCAAUGCAACCGGCACGGCCGUGGCAGUUGGCACGGGGGUCCCGACUGGAAAGGAACGGCAUGGCCAAGUGCUGUUCUUCGACGUCCUCACGGCGGUGACCGCCCCCCUCACCGCCAUCGACAUGCACCCAGACGAAAGUGCCGUAUGCGUGGCGUGGCAUCCUAAGAUCAACCAGGUGUUUGUCGGGUCGAGCGCUGGCACCGUGCGCGUGUUCUACGAUGAAGCUAUCAGCACCAAGGGGGUUCUCUUGAGUGCUACGAAGAAGCUGCCGCUGGCCAGCGCCGGGUACGUCCGGAUCGACGAGUCCAGCGACGGCGCCAUUGUAAACCCCCAUGCGUUGCCCAUGUACCGCGACGCCAACGCAAAGCCGACCAAGCGCAAAUACGCCAAGAUCCGACUGGACCCGAUUGCGUCCAAGAAACCAUCGAAACCCAUCACCGGCCCCGGCUUUGGCGGCAGCACGGGCGGCAGCACGCUCACGCAGUUCUUCAUGCGCGACCAGAUCAAGAGCGAGUCCAUCCGUAGCGAAGACCCGCGCGAAGCCAUUCUCAAGUACGCCAAGGUAGCCGCGGCCGAUUCGACCUACCUCGGGUCGGCAUACGCCACCACGCAACCCACCGACCAGAUUGCCGCGGAGUACCAAUUGGCCAAGGAGACUCUGGAGCAGGAAAAGCUGACCAAAGAGGAACAGAAUCGCGGGUUGCUCGACCUUUAAAGCUAUCUAUACUAGCAUGUUUGGAUCGCUUGCGAUAAAACCUCACUAGAUACAGGGUAAUCGUGUGUACAUAUUUGUGGUUUAUGAUGUCGUCAAUUCGCUCCACAACGGAUGGGGUCGUUGGUUCGUCUGUCUAUGCAUGGUCGUCUACUGCUUCCAGCUUGGCCUUGCCCAGCAAAUGCGGCUUGAGCAGCUUGUUCAUGGUGAACAUGGUGACUUUGUCCUCGCCAAACAAGUGCGUGAGCGUGUCGUCGCAGUUGAUCUCUUGCUUGUUGUCUGGAUUUUGCAGGUUGUUCUCCUUGAUAUACUCCCACAGCUUCUUGACCACCUGCGGCCGGCUCAUCUGGACUUCCCCUAACAGGUCUGACAGCUCCUCCGACAACGUCAGCGGCGCGUUGAUGCCAGAGUUGGGCGCGGGCGGCGCGCGCUUGGGCUUCUCGCCCGUCUCCUUGAGAUGUGUUUUCCGUGCCAACUUGGCUGCCUUCUUGCGCUCCUUCUCGGCGGUCUUCUCCUCGUCCUCUUCGCUCGACUCGCCAUCGCGUUGGAUGUCGGCCCAUCCCGUGGCCGGCAGGUCCUCCGGCUUGAGCACGUGUCGCUUCAGGUACUUGUUCAUGGAGAACAUCGUGAACGAGUCGCGCUGGAAGACGUUUUUGAGGGCGUCGUUGAGGAUGAUCGUGCGCUUGUCGUUCGGGUCUUGCAGCCCUUGCUCGCGAAUGUACUCCCACAUCUUCUUGACGAGUUGCGGCCGACUGCUUUGGGUGAUGCCCAGUACUUCCGACAGUUCCGGACUCAGCAGCAUCUCCACGGCGAACCCGCCGGUGGCACUCCCGUCCUCGUUCUUCUUUCGCGGCGCGCGCUUCUUCGGUUCCGCCUUCACCUUGGCCGCACCACUCGCCUUCUUGGCCUUCUUGGCCGGGGGCGGCGCAUCGACCUCCUCUUCGUCGUCGCCCGAGUCGUCCUCCUCCUGCUCUUCAAUCACUUUGGUGAUUUCCUCGUUGAUGAAACUCUUGUACUCUUCCAUGGACACGCCGAACGUGGUCUCGAGCUGCUUGCGCACCAUCUUGCGGCUCAUGGUCUCAAGGUCGGACGCGCCCAGGAUCUUGCGGAUGGCUUUGGCCAGUUCAGACUUCUUCAUGGUCGUCUACUGCGCGAUAUGUAACACUGGUGGCCACCCAGACAACCGACCGAGAAAUACUAGUGCGAGGACGGAUAGUCCCUGC